GAGCCAACAGCUACAACAAGACAUGAGAGUGCCCAGCAGCAUCACCCGAAUUCAGCAAUGGCUGCUAGUUACAUUGCCCCUGAUAUAUGCAGGAGCAAAGAUACUGCCGUUGUGCUACUCUUCAAGGCAGGGAUGUCCUCCCCCUCCUGCUCAUCUUCAGCGCUGGAGACUGAGAUCUUCCAAUACAUUGACCUGCAUCAGAAUGUCUUUGUUGCGAACCUUGAGGAAUGGGUGGCGGUGGAAAGCGAUUCUGCUCAACCAGAUCUCAGGAGAGAAGUAAUACGAAUGGUGGCAUUAGCAGCCGACAGACUCAGAGCACUGGGAGCCACUGUUAACUCAGUAAACCUGGGGUCGCAUCAGUUGCCCGAUGGGCGGAACCUACUGCUGCCACCUGUCAUUCUUGCAGAACUGGGCAAGGAUCCACAAAAACCCACCGUAUGCUUCUAUGGUCAUGUGGAUGUGCAGCCUGCCAAAAAAGAAGACGGCUGGAAAACUGACCCCUACACGCUGACUGAAAUCAAUGGAAAUCUCUACGGGCGUGGAGCAACAGAUAAUAAAGGACCUGUCUUAGCCUGGAUAAAUGCAGUGGAAACUUUCAGAGCCUUGAAAUUAGCUAUGCCCGUAAACUUCAAGUUUGUUAUUGAAGGUAUGGAAGAAGCAGGGUCUCUGGGGCUAGAGAAGCUGCUUGAGGAAGAGAAGCAGUGCUUUUUUGCUGAUGUGGAUUGCUUUGUGAUUUCGGACAACCUUUGGCUCAGCAAGAGGAAGCCUGCCCUCACGUACGGCACGCGGGGAAACGCCUGCUUCUUUGUGGAGGUCGAAAGUGGUGACAAGGACCUUCACUCUGGGACCUUUGGGGGCAUCAUCCACGAGCCCAUGACGGACCUGGUGGCUCUGCUGGACAGCCUUGUGGAUUCCACAGGUCAUAUUCAGAUCCCUGGAAUCUAUGAUAGUGUUGCUGCCCUGACAGAGGAGGAGAGGAAGUUGUAUGAAUCAAUUGAAUUUGAUAUAGAGGAACAGAAAAAUAAUAGCGGAGUGAAAAAAUUCCUCUAUGAUACCAAGGAAGAGAUACUUCUACACCUGUGGCGUUAUCCUUCUCUCUCUAUUCAUGGGAUUGAAGGAGCUUUUCAUGAACCAGGAUUUAAAACAGUCAUUCCAGCAAAAGUCAUAGGCAAAUUUUCAAUCCGUCAAGUCCCCCACAUGGACCUUUCAGUUGUUAAACAACAGGUGGCAGAGUACUUGGAGGAUGUAUUUUCCAAGAGGAACAGCCCGAAUAAACUGAAAGUGUCUAUGUCUUUGGGUGCAAAGCCCUGGCUUGCUGAUAUUAAUGAUCCAGUAUAUAUAGCAGCGAGAAGGGCAAUAAGAACAGUUUUUGGAGAAGAUCCAGACUUUAUUCGGGAUGGCUCAACGAUUCCUAUUGCCAGAAUGUUUCAGACUAUAAUGCAGAAAAGUGUGAUAAUGCUUCCAAUUGGAGCAGCUGAUGAUGGGGAGCACUCCCAGAAUGAGAAAAUAAGCAGACAUAAUUACAUCAAAGGAACCAAAGUGUUUGCAGCUUUUUUCCUGGAGAUAUCAAAGCUGCGUGAACAGCUACGAGAAACUUCCAAGACCAAGACUGACAACUGAAAGACCAUCACAGGGAAAUUAGCA